CCUCCCCACCUGCAGUCAGAGUUUAUGUGAGAGUUGGCUGGCCAGGUUGAGGGCCAGAACGAACUGUGCCUCCAGGCCUCCCGGUUGAAGUGGCUCUGAAGUGAGUGAUACAGGAUGAAUUUCUGGACUCAGGAGAAAGCAGAGAUGUUUAAGAAUAAUGUUACUGACCAUAAGCUAAACAUGGAAGCCAUAAUUAAAAACAUUAACAUGAUUUCUUUGGAGUUGAAGAAGAUGCAAGAGCUCUCCCAGUUGCUGCUUUGUGACCUUACUUUACAUUUUAAUCAUCCUCUGAAGACAGAUGACUUAGAGGAAACAGAAGGAAAACCACCCCUCUUUGAUGAAUCUAAAAUAUCAGAUGUGUCCUUUGCUUCUAACAGCUUUUCUGUCUGAUUUCUUUUUGUUUGUUGUGAAUUUAUAACUAUUGUGGAAUUAACACAUAUCGGGGAGAAUUAAGUUUACUAAUAUAUUUAAUAUGAUAAAAACAAAAUAAAAAUAUGAAUUGUAAAUAA